GUGCUGAUCUAGGCUGUAGGGAUCUGCUCUUCCUCUCUGUCCCCCCCCCUUUUCCUCCGGCGCUGUAGCUAUGAUUCAGCUCCCCUCCCCCAUCCCACCCCCUCCACUCAGUGACUAACAAUCGCUGCUGCAGCUAGGCAAACCCGGGCGCCGUUCUAUCAGCUGUGGAGGGGAAUACCGGGGAUUUUAGAAGCUCGUAUCCAGACCCCGGUGCCUCCUGUGUGCCGAGACACGACAAAAACUCUUUCUAAAAGAGGAUAGCUCAGAAAUGGAGCCCAGAAGCCCGCGGCAACCCGCUUGGAAAUGGCAAGUACUGAGUUUGCUUUCCCUGUGCUGCUGGGGCUGGGUCUCUGGGCAGAUUCGCUAUUCAGUGGUCGAGGAGUCGGAGCUGGGAACAGUGGUGGGGAAUGUGGCUCAAGAUCUAGGCUUAAAGGUGGCGGAUCUUUCGGGUCGCAGGCUGCGCUUGGGUUCGGAGGAGAGCAGACGGUACUUUGCGGUGAGCCUGGCCAGCGGCGCUCUGCUGGUGAAUGAAAAGAUAGACAGAGAGAGCCUGUGCGGAGCCAGCGCGGGGUGUGUGCUGCCGGUGCAGGUCGUUAUAGAAACCCCCCUGGAGCUUUUCCGCCUGGAGGUUGAGAUUCUGGACCUGAAUGACAAUUCGCCCAGCUUUCCCAUUGCCCAGCGCACAGUUAGGAUAGCGGAGUCAGCCACCGUGGCUGCGCGCUUCCCUCUGGAGAGUGCCCAGGACCCGGAUGUGGGGACCAACGCUGUCAGCUCCUACCGACUCAGCCCCAGCCCGCACUUCUCACUGAAUGUGAAGAAGCUUAAGGACGGCAAACUCUUCCCGGAGCUGGUGCUAGAGCAAGCCCUGGACCGAGAGGAGCAGCGAGAACACCAGCUGGUACUGACCGCCAUUGACGGGGGAAAUCCGGCCAGGUCAGGCACUGCUCAGAUAACCGUGGUUGUUGUGGAUAUCAACGACAAUGCACCUGUGUUCGACCAGUCUGUCUACAAGGUCAGCGUGCCGGAAAACACCCCUGCGGGCACUCUGCUUAUUCAGCUCAAUGCUACUGACCCUGACGAGGGCCCCAGCGGAGAAGUACAGUACUCCUUUGCAGUCCACACUUCCGACUCCGUCCGGAAGUUGUUUUAUUUGGAUCCCCCCACUGGCGCCAUCCGCAUUCAGGGAGUUGUGGAUUUCGAAGAAGCGGGUUUCUAUGAAAUCCACGUAGGAGCCCGAGACGGGGGCGUGCCGGAAAUGGAAGGUCACUGCGUUCUCCAGGUGGAAAUAGAAGACGUCAAUGACAAUUCCCCAGAGGUCCUGCUGACCUCUUUGGUAAACCCAGUGCCAGAAAACACCCCCUUGGAGACCGUGGUGGGGCUUUUCAAUGUGCGAGACCGAGACUCGGGUGCCAAUGGGGAAGUGAGUUUAGGAAUAGCACCAAAUUUGCCAUUCAAAAUUAAAUCCUUCGAAAACCACUAUGCGCUGAUCACCCGCGAGAAGCUGGACAGAGAAUUUGUCUCUCAAUACACCAUUGAGCUGACUGCCAGAGACGCAGGAUCCCCCUCUCUGAUCACCGAGACCACAAUACUUCUGAACAUUUCGGAUGUCAAUGACAACCCCCCUCGCUUUUCUCAGACUUCCUACAACGCCUUCCUGAGGGAGAACAACCCCCCGGGCUCCUUGCUCUGCACCGUGUCGGCCUCCGAUCCCGACGAGGGAGAAAAUUCCCGCCUCACUUACUCUAUAGCGGGAAGUGAGAUCCAGGAUGCGCCUGCCUCUUCCUUCGUUCACAUUAACCCGGGCAAUGGCAAUGUUUACGCGCAGCGCACUUUUGACUUUGAAUUGCUUCAGGUGCUGCAAAUCCCCGUGGCUGUGCAGGACUCGGGAUCUCCUCCUCACGGCUCCAAUGUUACGGUCUACGUCUUUAUUCUGGAUCAGAACGAUAACGCCCCGGUCGUUUUGCAGCCGGUGACUGGCAGCCAGGUCGCAGCGCCCCAAAGGAUACCCCAGUCUGUUCCCAUUGGCUCCAUGGUCACCAAAGUCACAGCAGUGGAUGCAGAUUCUGGCCAUAACGCUUGGCUCUCCUAUUCGCUGCUACCACAGUCUACAGACCCCUCCUUGUUCCGAGUGGCUCCUUACACAGGAGAAAUCCGGACCACCCGGGGCUUCCAAGACACAGACCUGGCCGCGCAGAAAAUCGUCGUGCUAGUCAAGGACAACGGGGACCCAGCUUUGUCCUGCACAGUCACCAUUAUGAUUUCCUUAGAAGACAAGGCGUCGGAGGAAAACUCCAAAUCUCGCGAUUUCCUUACAGGCCCCAAAGAUAAGCCCGACCUGACUCUCUAUUUAAUUAUUGCGUUGGUGGCAGUUAGCAUGGUGUCUCUUGUUACUUUCAUCGUAUUCUCUGCAAAGUGCCUCAGAAAAAGAGAUGGACACUCCUGUUGCUGCCUGAGCAACUCACCCUCUAGGGACAUUUUCAAACACUCCAGCCCAAAGCUUCAGCUGAACACGGACGGCACGUUGAAAUACAUGGAGGUGACACUCAGGCCCACAGACUCUCAGAGCCAGUGUUAUAGGACCUGCUUUUCUCCAGGCUCAGAUAGAAGUGACUUCACCUUUAUGAGACCUAUGAGUUGUCCCCUGCCCAAUGCCCUAGCGAUGGAAACUGACACUUUCUUAUCUGGUACAGAUACAUCGAAUGAAUCCGGUCAGCAAACUCAGCCUAACCCGGACUGGCGUUUCUCUCAGGCCCAGAGACCUGGAACCAGUGGCUCUCAGAAUGGAGAAGAAGGUGGAGCUUGGCCAAACAACCAGUUUGAUACGGAAAUGCUUCAAGCCAUGAUUCUGGCAUCAGCAAAUGAAGCAGCUGAUGGGAACUCUACACUGGGAGGAGGAGCUGGCACUAUGGGCCUCAGCACCAGGUAUGGCCCCCAGUUCACACUGCAGCACGUCCCUGACUACAGGCAGAAUGUGUACAUCCCUGGCAGCACUGCCACCCUCUCCAACUCCUCAGGUAAACGAGAUGGAAAGAGCUCAGGCUCUUCAGGUGGAAACAAGAAGAAGUCUGGAAAGAAGGAGAAGAAGUAGAAUUGACAGACCAUCAGCAGCUUAGACCUACAGGACAGACCCCUCCAGCACUCCCCCAAAUCACAGCCUAGGAUAGAGGACGAAUGUGAAUUUUGUGAUGAAAAAGCAGGAAAUACUACGAAUGUAUGUCAUCAUCAGAGCUAGGAGUAGGGGCUCCUACUAUUAGUCCUCGUGAUGAAAAAUAAUUGGAAACAAAACAAAACAAAAACCAAGUGCCCUGUUAAUACUAACGUUUUUUACCAUCACUUGGGUAAUUUAAUGUGCAAGGUUGUAAAAUCUUUUAAACAUGUCUUCGGAUUUAGUUUUCUCCAGAAUGGUCCAAGAAAGCCAUGAGGCUUGUACUUGGCUUUGCCCAGUGUAAAUAAUGGUAACAUGGAUUUUUUUUAAUUUAUAUACUUUAGAUCAUUUAAAAAAAGAAAAGUUCCCCAGAUUAAAACCCAUGUUCCAUAUUUUGAUAUUUAACUUUCCAUUAGUGAAUCUGACCCUGAAUAACCUUGAAAUGGAUUCCUAGUUACGAAGUUGGUAGGGAGUGCUUCAGUUCCUGUUUACCUAUUAUCCUAAAAGAAAUAAGUGUUUACACUGCAUGAGCCUAUGGGAAUAAGGCUAAGAUGCAUUUUAAACAUUUUUUUUUAAGUGUGACCAGUGAUGGCCUGAAAUAUGAAACAAAAAUAACGAUGUCUGAGAGACAGGGAAUGCAUUCAAACUGCAGUGGAAAAGAUCUAAGUGCAGAGCAUGCCACUAGCAUUAUUGAGCUAUACAAAACCUGUCCAUGUUGAUUUAGAAGCCACUAAAGAGCAAAUUCAUCUCCUCAAUUCCUUGCAGUAAAUAUUUAUAUGUAUAGUAAUGUUUUCCUGGAACUAAAGUUAAGAAAGUCUAAAUCCCCUGCUGUGAGAACAAGGAGCUACAGUUCCUUAAAGCAAUGAUAUAGCAAAGUCCAUACCAAGGAAUGAUAUUAUCAGAGAAUAAACUCUGAUCUAUUUGUAUGGAAUAGAGACUGAAUGUUUCACAUUUCUGCACAUUGAACUGCAUGCAAAAUACUCACCUCACAUCUACAGUAGGACAGCUAACUCCACCAGCUCUAGGGAAGUCAUCAUUGCAUGCAUGUACAGCAUGGUGUAAAUACAAUGUCAGAUAAGUGAGUCUCAGUGCAGGCCAAGCAGUGUCUAUCUGGGAGUGGGGUUCAGUAAUAAGUGGCACAAUGUGUUAUAAAGAGUCAUUGCUCUGGCCUAGAGCAGUGAUAAGAUUUGCACAUUCCAUGUCUAUGCAGAGCAGCCAAGGAACAGCCUUUGUUCAUUGGCCUUCAGAACUGAAUACUCAGUAAGUGACAGUUGAUGUGAUGGGACCAAGGGACCGUACUCACAGAUAAGGGACCCAAGAACUGGAGCUGAGCACAUGCCACUCACUGCAAAGCCAGUGAGGCUGAGAGCUGCUCACAGGAAGGCCCAGGUCAGUCAGGUGACUAAGAGGUAGGAUUCUGAUACCGUGAAGGAUAUUGCCAGACCACGCACUCUUUCCAGCCCAGACUGUAACUGUACACAAGCAAUUAGAUGUGACUCAGAAUCCACUGGAUUUAGUCAGAAAUAUGGACAAGACUUUGCCUUGUUGUUGGUACCACUGGUAUUGGGAUUUUUACCACAUUGAUAGGAUUGUCAGGAAGUAGGGUCUCUCCACUAUGUGCCCUUUGUAGCUAUGUACUCUGCUUACUGUUGGUCCAGACACAGCAAAGAGAGAGGGUGCAGUGUGCCCUUACAAUCAAGUCAGCUUGGCAUCGAGUCCCCACAAGCACCUAGUCAGUGAGGAAGGCUGUAUUGUACCCUUAAGGUCCUCUUCAGCUAGAGAAGGGGGAUGCCCUUUACACUGGGCAGGCUUCCCAUAUCAAAGUAAGUGGGAUGGACCUGGGAAGGCAAGGACAAAGAUACAGGGAUAGCGAUGCCAGGAUUGUUUUAACUUCUAAUGAAUAACUCACCUGAGAAGAUCCAGCCUUCUAUGAUCACUCAGGUUAAAUUUUCUCCAAGCAGCCAUUGUGCUUGCCUGGCCUGACGCAGCCCAGCCUUCGGCAGUAUUCACCAGAGCAUUGUGCACUAACUGAUGCCUCGUUAGCCAAUUGCUAUCUCCUUGUGUCUAGAGAAACCGAACUUGUCUAUGCGAAGAACUUGUCUGUGUAUGAUUUUUGUACUGAUCCCAGUCACCCUCUGCGGUGGCUGCACUAGAAACAGUUUACACAGUUAGUAAGGCUUAUACAAACUAAUGUAGUUAUUAUGUGACCCUUCUAGAAGUACUGUAGAUGAAUUGUAGUGUUUAUAUUUCCUUUUAAUCAGCAAUCUGAGGUAGUGUAGAGAGUGUUUUGUACUAGUGGUGUGUUAUUUUUAUCUCAGUAAAUAACUUGUGGACAUCAGUAUUUUCAAUUUCUCUUUAUCUUCUUUCUGUGUGAUCUGUGCUCUAAGUGUAUGUGAACUGAAACACACUUGUCCUUUCAAUGUGUCUAAUAUUGAAUUAUACUUAUAUAUUAUAUAAAUGCUUAUAUCCUUCUUAUAUCCAUAUAGACCAAUGUUCAAUGUGCUACACGCAAGUUUUAUACUCUAAUAUUUAUAUUGCUUUUCUUCUUUGGGAAAAAAUAAUAAAAUGGUUUCUUCUGAA